GUUCAAUCGUACAUUCACCUCACAAGUGGUAUCCUCACUCAUAUUCUUAUAUAACCAAUCAUGCCAAAGACCUACACUUGCUCUAUCUGCAACCAAGCUUUUCCAAAGUUCGCCGACUGCAAGGCACACGAGGCCAUGCAUUCACCAGAAAAUGCGUACUUCUGCACCUGGGAAGGGUGUAACUUUGUGACAUUGCACAAAGCAAGCUUCCAUUAUCAUACUGAUGUGCAUACGGGCGAGCAAUGCUUCGUCUGUCCUCAUGAUGGCUGUGACUACAGAACUCACACCUCUUCCAACAUCACACAGCAUCGCAAGAAAGAACAUGGUCGUCGUGGUCCCUCUGCAACAAAUUCAUCUGGGGCCCCGUCAUCGUCCCAGCCUCCGCCGCCGGCAGAGCCCCUUCCCUUUGGUACACUCCACCAAUACCAAUACCAACUCCAACCCAUGCAACCGCAACCCAUGCAAUCCUAUCCCACCCAAUACCAACCCCAAUCCACUCAAUACCAGCCUCCCCCACCUAUCCACAACCAGUCAUUGGACGUCUUAUACGGCCCAGCAGGUCGCGCGUUGCCUAGUCUGCGUUACUUGAGGAGACAAGUGCGUUUGACCCUAAAGGGGAAGCGAGUACAGCAAAGAUCUAGAGGUAUGCGCGAGAAAGCACAGGUAUUAAGUAGCGCGCCUAAGCGCAGUCAUGCGGAGCCGAAGCGCUACCGAGUAGAUGGAAUAAUAUGCAAUGAGAGAAAUAGAAAUAUAUGCACUAGAGAACAUGGUGGACAGUGGAUGGAUGCAUCUGGAUGGCUGGCGCUAAAGGGCGCGCAAGCGUGGGAAAGCGUGCGCGCGUAUACAUCGCGAAGCGCGGGAAUGGUGCGCGCAUGGCGCGCGUUGCGUGGGAAAGCUGCGCAUCAUAUAGGAAUCACUGUGGAUAGUACACAGAGUGAUGCUAUGAGUUCAUGCUAUGCACUUCUUAGUGAAAACUACCAUAUCACACCAUGA